GAUCUGUCAUUCUGCGAAGAGCGAGAUUGUUUUGCUAACCCCGAGAAUCAUCCGAACCGUAUAUAAAAGGCAACAAGAUGUUCAUUGAUGCUUGAUUUUCAUCUGAGGACGAUCUAUUCCCGUCGCAAAAACGCGGUGCAAACAGUUUCACGGUGCUCGUGCGUGAAUCCGCGAACAAUAGCGCGAGAAAAUCAGUGUUUUUUCCGACUUCACCCACCCGAUCGCCGAUAUGGGACAGGAUGAUGAGGAUACCGCCUUCAGCGAGAAGAUUAUCAACGAGAUCGAUGCCGUUUUCAUGCGCGAUCCGGAUUUAGUUGGAUUUGAAAUCAUACCGAUGCCACUGAAUCAAAACAAGUCCCCGGUAAUCCAUGUGGAGCAUAACCUCGGAUUGCAAUCGUGGUGCAUCGAGUGUGUGUACACCUAUGCGCAUCGUUUGAUUUUGCAAUACCGUAACGAGUGGCUGUCAUCGAAUGCACUUCCGGUUGGCUGCGGGUCAGUCGCUUGGAAUGUGUCGGACAAGGGCAAACUCAGUGGUGGAGGAGCAAGUGGUCUGGGGCCCGCUAAUAAUGCUAGUAAUGGUGCAAAUGUUCCGAUCAUUAAGUACCUAAAUUGUGCAAUACUGAUCAACCCGGAUGUGGCCACUUUUUGGAAUUUGCGACGGCAGCUGUUUGCAAAGAAUCGCUUGGACAUCGCAAAAGAAUUCCAUUUCUCAACCCUCGUUCUUAGCAAAAAACCCAAAUCGAAUGAAGCUUUCGCAUACAGACGAUGGUUGUACCUGUUUCAAAGUUCCGAUGCCAUCGAUUGGGCGUUCGAGAUAAGCUUGUGUGAAAAAUGUGCGGACAAGAGCAAUACCAACUAUCACGCCUGGUGCCACCGGCAGUGGGUGCUCAUGAAAGCGCCCAAUCUCCUCAAGUACGAGGUGUACAAGACGGAAAAGUUUAUUCGCAAACACAUCCACGACUACAGCUGCUACAACCAUCGGCAGUUUGUGCUGACGCAGAUGUUCGAAAUGUGCUACUACGAUGAGGAAGACGACGGUUCCGAAGACAUUGCGGAACAACCAACCGGGGACGGUUUACCGGCUGGACGUAGUCGCAAGUAUAAUGCUCUCUGCGCACUGAUCGAAACUCUCACCGGUGGCACGGCACCGUCACCCACCGACGAUAUCACGGUGAACAAUCUCCUUCGCUACCUGCUACCUGCCAUUACCAAAGAGCACGAACUGAAUCAGCUCCGUGUGCGAACCUUCCUGUACUGUUUGAAUCUGGCCGCACACGAUCUGCGUCUGUGCAGCGAGCUGAGCACCCUGUACAGUGUUUCCCAAGCGCUCGAAAACCAUCGUAAGUUUAUGGUUAAGUUUCUCAUCGACCGGCUACGGGUUGGGUCCGGCUGGCUUUUAAACACAUCGGCCGCCAUCUACGCCAACCCGGGCGGAUGCCAACAACCACUGUCGAAAGUAACGCGGCUCGAUGCAGAUGCGAGCGAGUUUCUGCAAGCGCUGAAAGCGAACGAACUCCGCCGAACACACGAUGAUCCCCGGCACGGCCAAUGGUGCAAAUUGUUUCUCGGUAUCACACCGGAGCAAUAAGCGGGUUUUCCGCUGCUGCUGUUGCUGGUGGGAACCGUGCAAGGAAAGCAAAUCGAAUUCGCUUCGUUCUUGUUCCUAGUCAGUGCUGCUUUUUUCCGCUAUCAUAAAACCGAGCCUGCUGAUACCCUCAUAUCCAUGCCGGUUCUUCGUUAUCCUUGCCCUCCUCAAUUGCAUAUGUAUGUAUGUGUGAUAACGAUGUUAAGUUUUCGAUGAGAGUUUAUGAGGAUUUGUUUUAAUUUCUACUGCAAAAGAAGACAACGUUCUUGUUAAAAUCCCUUUUGCCCAAUCAAAACUUUGAACUGUUGGACAGUUUUUUGCAGCGCGCUGAGUUGUCGUCGCUUCACCCUUCAUCCACGUUUAUCGACGCUGCUCAUACGCACAAGGCUCGAUUUCGUCAAACCGUAGUGAAUUUUACCACCUUAACAAUCAAUAAAUCAAAUGAUUUUUCAAGUAUAACAAA